CUGAUUUUACUCUUCACACCCCAAGCUUUUGAUGUAAGCACAUUAAAGAAAUAAUCACCUUUGCUUUUCUUUUAUGAUGAUUGCCUUUUCUUUUAGCUCAAAAGCAGUUGGAAUUUGGAAGGAAUAAAAAGGAAAUGAAGACUACAAGGAGAUCGGCAUCUUCAUCAAAAUCAAUUCAAUGGCGGAGGUGGAUAAGAAGAAGCUGAAGCUGUAUUCCUUCUGGAUAAGCUCUUGCUCUUUCCGGGUUCGAAUUGCUCUCAACUUAAAAGCGCUUCAAUACCAAUAUAUACCUGUUGAUCUCUUCAAGGGAGAACAAUUAACUCCCGAAUUCACCGAGGUCAAUCCAACGGAAUAUGUACCGGCCCUGGUUGAUGGUGAUGUUGUGGUAUCCGACUCUUUAGCUAUUUUGAUGUAUCUAGAAGACAAGUACCCUCAACAUCCACUCCUACCAUCUAAUCUUCAUAAAAGAGCUAUCAAUUAUCAGGCUGCAAAUAUUGUUUCCUCAAGCAUUCAACCUCUUCAGCUAUUUGGACAUAAAUCUGUCAAGGAAAAAUUCGGUACACAUGAGGAACUUUCUUUUAACAGAUACCAUAUUGGCAAAGGCUUUGAAGCACUUGAGAAGCUUUUAAAAGACCAUGCAGGACGAUAUGCAACUGGAGAUGAAGUUUUCUUGGCUGAUUUGUUUUUGGCACCACAGAUUUAUUCAGCAAUUAAGUGGUGUAAUGUUGACAUGGUUCAAUUUCCUCUUUUAGCUAGGUUGAAUGAUGCCUAUAAGGGGCUACCUUCAUUUCAAGAUGCUAUGCCAGAGAAGCAACCAGAUGCUCCUCCAUCAGGAGCCAGUUAAAGUUGUCCUACCUUCAGUGCCAAUUGACUUUAAAGGUAAAGAUGCCAAAAGUAUCGUCUAAAUGGCUAGAAAUAAGAAGGAAGUUUGCAAAGUGUCAUUCCUGUAUGUAGAAUGGCGUGGGCACCUUAUAGAUGUGAUACUGAAUAAAGUUAUAAACGAUAUGAAUAUGUGGUUUUUAAGACCAUUUGGAAUGAUUAUCAUGAUAAAGCUGAAUGUUAGGAAAUUUCAUUGGCUUCAAAUUCCGAAUGUUGGUAUCUAGCUACUUGUACUAAUAACACCAAGAGAGAACCAAAAGAAUCUCAAGGAGUCAUUUCUCAAAUGCUAUGUUGGUCCUCUUUUCAUCAUUAUUGUCACCUAAAAGAAUUUUCAUCAUUAUUGUCUUAAGGACAAUGACCUUGGA